AUGUCCACACAGAGAACGUCGACAUUUUCAUCAUUAAAUGAACUGUUAUCAUUUAGAGUGGGAAAAUUGGAGUAUGGAUUCCAGAGGCUGCAUUGCUUUGUUUUUUCUAGUCGUCUUGGAGACUGUUUAUGCUACUGGGUUCAGAUGGCUGCAACAAAGUUUUGUGGACCGAGGGCUUUCGCAACUUCCUUCCACGUUAAAAUUUUUCUGCGUCCAUUUUACGCGCUAAUACCGGUGACAGGAGACCUUUUAAAGACCUGCGGCGAUGGUUACACAGCUUCCAGGGUGACUGAGCAGUCUUAUUUAGGACUCACAAUGCUCACCUCAAACGAGGAGGAGCCUAAAAAAUGUGGCCUAAAAACUGCUCAUUCCCAACUUUUUCUCAAAUGA